CAGCCGACCAAUCAGUGUGUUGUGCCAUCUGGAUAUUUAGUCGCACAUCACGGGAAUACUUAGUAAAGUGCAAAGUUUAUAUCAGCCAUUCCACUGACUGAUUCUUUGAGAAUUAAGAAAAUUCACAAUGACUCUGCAACAGCCAAAUUACAAUGUAACCAUAUCCGAAGGUGUCUCAUUUAUUAAAACGCUUAGCGAUGACCAUAAUUUAAGAGCAACUGUAAAAGGUUCUGUUGUGGGAGGCAUCACUGUUGGGAGCAUUACUGCUGUAUCAUCUCUCUUCUUUGGACCCAUCGGUUUAUUUAUUGGUGGAACAUUCGGUGGUUUUAUAGGUUAUUUAAUAGCCAAAGAUAAAUACAAACCGUUAUCCACUGUAAUUGAAGAGAUGACUCCUCAGCAGAAAGAAAAACUUAGGAAUCAUUUGAUCGUUCUCAUGCACAGUGUUGACGUCAGAGAUUUAAUAACUCUAGCUGCAAUCAUUGCUUCAAAUACUUCGAUUAAAGGAAAAAUAUUAGCCGGCAUUAUCAAUUUUAUAGUGCAAGAAUUUGAUGUUCAAGUUCAAAAUUAAAUCUCUUACAUUAAA